AAGAUGUUGAUGAAUUGAUGGUAUCAUUACGCAUUUGUUUUAAUAUUUUAAUGUCUACAUUUCACGUUCUGGUACCUGCUGCCCGUUGACCUAAAUUUGCAAGGUCUCCUCCACCGAUCCUAUGGAGCCCCAAAUCAGUUUCUUUUCUUCAACAAAUGAGCCACAGAGAGAAGCGCAAUCCAUGCAGAAGAACACAACCAUCUAGCUAGCUCCAUCGCCUAUUGUUCAAGGGAGUGAGAGAAAGCAGUAGGAGGAGAUUCAUAUGGACCGUGCAAGUUUUGGUAGUAUCAAUAGGUGGUGGAGAGGCCCUUGGGGAGUUAAGAAGAGUGUGGAGGCAGUGGCAGUAGGAGUGGUUUUAGUUGGUGCCCUUUCGGUUUUCUUAGGCCUUGCACCACAAAACAUAUCAAGUAAUGGUUGCCAAUUCCCAGCAAUGUUUAACUUUGGCGAUUCUAACUCCGACACGGGUGGUUUAUCGGCCACAUUUUAUCGACUUCCUGCCCCCUAUGGCAAUACAUUCUUUGGUAAACCUUCAGGCAGGUUUUCAGACGGGCGUCUCAUGAUCGAUUUUAUUGCUCAAAAGUUGGGGUUUCCAUUUGUGAGUGCUUAUCUGGAUGCUGUUGGAACUAAUUUUUAUCAUGGAGCAAGUUUUGCGACCGGAGGAUCUACCAUUCAGCCAUUAGAUGGCAAGAUGUUUGAAGCGAGAUAUAGCCCCAUCUCUCUUAACGUGCAGCUUGCCCAAUUUGCGCAGUUGAAAGCACGUGCGAAUGAGGGUUUUGCUGAAGGUAAAAGCUCAAAGGUCAGGGCCAGCCUCCCGAGACCAAGCGACUUCUCCAAGGCCUUGUACACAUUAGACAUUGGACAAAACGAUCUUCAUGCGGGAUUAAGAUUGAAGACUCUGGAUGAAGUGCUUGCAUCCCUUUCCAAUAUCACUGCACAGUUUGCUUCCACAAUAGAGCAACUCUACCAACAAGGAGCAAGAGUUUUUUGGAUUCACAACACAGGUCCCCUUGGCUGCUUGCCUGCAAGUCUUGCAUAUAAACUGCCAGAACCCGGCGACCUGGACCAAAACGGUUGCUUGAAACCUCACAAUGAGGUGGCUCACGAAUUUAACCGGAAGCUCAAGGAAAGAGUGCUUAACUUAAGGACCCAACUUUCUGAUGCAGUUCUCACUUAUGUCGAUAUUUACACAGCAAAAUACACGCUUAUCAAUGAGGCAGAGAAGUACGGUUUUUCUAGUCCUCUAGUUCAAUGCUGUGGAAGUUACGGUGAUAACCAUGUCGUCCAUUGUGGGAUGAAAGCUAUUGUUAAUGGCACUGAAGUUGGGGCUCUCUGUAGCAAUCCUUCGAAGUACAUUAGCUGGGAUGGGGUGCACUAUUCCGAUGCUGCAAAUGAAUGGAUAGCCAACCAAAUUAUGGACGGCUCAUUCUCCGACCCUCCAGUAUCAAUCACUGAAGCGUGUCACAGUUCUCCACAGUUCUGAUUCAACUUCAAGCAGAUAACUUGUGCUAUAAGUUUGGUACAGAUUUAACAUUGUACUUAAUCAUUGAGAUGAGAGUGUGUUUAAAUUAAGGAUCCAACUUUGUUUUCUUCUUGAAUAAAAAUAAAACGACCGAUGUGGACACCAAACAAAUGAAAUCCAAUUAUGUUUGUGAUGAUAUCACAACAUAUUUUCUA